GCCUGAUAUCAAAGGCAAAAAGUUUCAAAUUCGGAAUGCCAGAUGUGCACUUCUCAGGACCCAAGAUACACAAACCAGACAUUAACUUUGAUAUAAAAGCUCCAAAACUGAAAGGAAAAGGUGACUCCCUACCUAAACUUGAAGGUGAAUUUAAAGGGCCAGAUGUGGAUGUAAGUGUUGAAGGUCCAGAUGUGGAAGGUCCCGAUGGAAAGUUGAAAAUGCCCAAAUUCAAAAUGCCCAAGUUUGGAAUCUCCGGCCCAAAACUAACCGGUUCCGACAUAGACUUGAAUGCCACUGUGCCGAAGGCAGAUAUUGAUGUUUCUCUACCUGAUGCCCAGUUAGAUGUCAGUGCUCCUGAAGUGAAGGUCGAUCUUGAUGCACCCGAUCUUAAUGUUUCUGGUCCUGAUGCACAUGGGAAAGGCUUCAAACUAAAAAUGCCAGAUUUUCAUAUCUCUGGACCCAAAAUGCAUGCACCCGAUGUCAGCCUUGACUUCAAAGCUCCCCACUUCAAAACUAAAGGAGGAAUUUCAACACCCAAACUAGAAGGUGACAUUCAAGGUCCGGACCUUGAUUUGGAUGUUUCUUUGCCAAAAGGAGACAUUGGAGUACCCACUUCUGAAUUUGAUGCCAAGGUUAAGGUUCCAGAAGUAGAUUUGAAUCUGACAGGGCCCGAUGUAGAUCUGGAAGGGCCUGAUAUCAAAGGCAAAAAGUUCAAAUUCGGAAUGCCAGAUGUGCACUUCUCAGGACCCAAGAUACACAAACCAGAUAUUAACUUUGACAUAAAAGCUCCAAAACUGAAAGGAAAAGGUGACUCCCUACCUAAACUUGAAGGUGAAUUUAAAGGGCCAGAUGUGGAUGUAAGUGUUGAAGGUCCAGAUGUGGAAGGCCCCGAUGGAAAGUUGAAAAUGCCCAAAUUCAAAAUGCCCAAGUUUGGGAUCUCCGGCCCAAAACUAACCGGUUCCGACAUAGACUUGAAUGCCACUGUGCCGAAGGCAGAUAUUGAUGUUUCUCUACCUGAUGCCCAGUUAGCUGUCAGUGCUCCUGAAGUGAAGGUCGAUCUUGAUGCACCCGAUCUUAAUGUUUCUGGUCCUGAUGCACAUGGGAAAGGCUUCAAACUAAAAAUGCCAGAUUUUCAUAUCUCUGGACCCAAAAUGCAUGCACCCGAUGUCAGCCUUGACUUCAAAGCUCCCCACUUCAAAACUAAAGGGGGCAUUUCAACGCCCAAACUAGAAGGUGACAUUCAAGGUCCAGACCUUGAUUUGGAUGUUUCUUUGCCAAAAGGAGACAUUGGAAUACCCACUUCUGAAUUUGAUGCCAAGGUUAAGGUUCCCGAAGUAGAUUUGAAUCUGACAGGGCCCGAUGUAGAUCUGGAAGGGCCUGAUAUCAAAGGCAAAAAGUUCAAAUUCGGAAUGCCAGAUGUGCACUUCUCAGGACCCAAGAUACACAAACCAGACAUUAACUUUGAUAUAAAAGCUCCAAAACUGAAAGGAAAAGGUGACUCCCUACCUAAACUUGAAGGUGAAUUUAAAGGGCCAGAUGUGGAUGUAAGUGUUGAAGGUCCAGAUGUGGAAGGUCCCGAUGGAAAGUUGAAAAUGCCCAAAUUCAAAAUGCCCAAGUUUGGAAUCUCCGGCCCAAAACUAACCGGUUCCGACAUAGACUUGAAUGCCACUGUGCCGAAGGCAGAUAUUGAUGUUUCUCUACCUGAUGCCCAGUUAGAUGUCAGUGCUCCUGAAGUGAAGGUCGAUCUUGAUGCACCCGAUCUUAAUGUUUCUGGUCCUGAUGCACAUGGGAAAGGCUUCAAACUAAAAAUGCCAGAUUUUCAUAUCUCUGGACCCAAAAUGCAUGCACCCGAUGUCAGCCUUGACUUCAAAGCUCCCCACUUCAAAACUAAAGGAGGAAUUUCAACACCCAAACUAGAAGGUGACAUUCAAGGUCCGGACCUUGAUUUGGAUGUUUCUUUGCCAAAAGGAGACAUUGGAGUACCCACUUCUGAAUUUGAUGCCAAGGUUAAGGUUCCAGAAGUAGAUUUGAAUCUGACAGGGCCCGAUGUAGAUCUGGAAGGGCCUGAUAUCAAAGGCAAAAAGUUCAAAUUCGGAAUGCCAGAUGUGCACUUCUCAGGACCCAAGAUACACAAACCAGAUAUUAACUUUGACAUAAAAGCUCCAAAACUGAAAGGAAAAGGUGACUCCCUACCUAAACUUGAAGGUGAAUUUAAAGGGCCAGAUGUGGAUGUAAGUGUUGAAGGUCCAGAUGUGGAAGGCCCCGAUGGAAAGUUGAAAAUGCCCAAAUUCAAAAUGCCCAAGUUUGGGAUCUCCGGCCCAAAACUAACCGGUUCCGACAUAGACUUGAAUGCCACUGUGCCGAAGGCAGAUAUUGAUGUUUCUCUACCUGAUGCCCAGUUAGAUGUCAGUGCUCCUGAAGUGAAGGUCGAUCUUGAUGCACCCGAUCUUAAUGUUUCUGGUCCUGAUGCACAUGGGAAAGGCUUCAAACUAAAAAUGCCAGAUUUUCAUAUCUCUGGACCCAAAAUGCAUGCACCCGAUGUCAGCCUUGACUUCAAAGCUCCCCACUUCAAAACUAAAGGAGGCAUUUCAACACCCAAACUAGAAGGUGACAUUCAAGGUCCGGACCUUGAUUUGGAUGUUUCUUUGCCAAAAGUAGACAUUGGAAUACCCACUUCUGAAUUUGAUGCCAAGGUUAAGGUUCCAGAAGUAGAUUUGAAUCUGACAGGGCCCGAUGUAGAUCUGGAAGGGCCUGAUAUCAAAGGCAAAAAGUUCAAAUUCGGAAUGCCAGAUGUGCACUUCUCAGGACCCAAGAUACACAAACCAGAUAUUAACUUUGACAUAAAAGCUCCAAAACUGAAAGGAAAAGGUGACUCCCUACCUAAACUUGAAGGUGAAUUUAAAGGGCCAGAUGUGGAUGUAAGUGUUGAAGGUCCAGAUGUGGAAGGCCCCGAUGGAAAGUUGAAAAUGCCCAAAUUCAAAAUGCCCAAGUUUGGAAUCUCCGGCCCAAAACUAACCGGUUCCGACAUAGACUUGAAUGCCACUGUGCCGAAGGCAGAUAUUGAUGUUUCUCUACCUGAUGCCCAGUUAGAUGUCAGUGCUCCUGAAGUGAAGGUCGAUCUUGAUGCACCCGAUCUUAAUGUUUCUGGUCCUGAUGCACAUGGGAAAGGCUUCAAGCUAAAAAUGCCAGAUUUUCAUAUCUCUGGACCAAAAAUGCAUGCACCCGAUGUCAGCCUUGACUUCAAAGCUCCCCACUUCAAAACGAAAGGGGGCAUUUCAACGCCCAAACUAGAAGGUGACAUUCAAGGUCCGGACCUUGAUUUGGAUGUUUCUUUGCCAAAAGGAGACAUUGGAGUACCCACUUCUGAAUUUGAUGCCAAGGUUAAGGUUCCAGAAGUAGAUUUGAAUCUGACAGGGCCCGAUGUAGAUCUGGAAGGGCCUGAUAUCAAAGGCAAAAAGUUCAAAUUCGGAAUGCCAGAUGUGCACUUCUCAGGACCCAAGAUACACAAACCAGAUAUUAACUUUGACAUAAAAGCUCCAAAACUGAAAGGAAAAGGUGACUCCCUACCUAAACUUGAAGGUGAAUUUAAAGGGCCAGAUGUGGAUGUAAGUGUUGAAGGUCCAGAUGUGGAAGGCCCUGAUGGAAAGUUGAAAAUGCCCAAAUUCAAAAUGCCCAAGUUUGGAAUCUCCGGCCCAAAACUAACCGGUUCCGACAUAGACUUGAAUGCCACUGUGCCGAAGGCAGAUAUUGAUGUUUCUCUACCUGAUGCCCAGUUAGAUGUCAGUGCUCCUGAAGUGAAGGUCGAUCUUGAUGCACCCGAUCUUAAUGUUUCUGGUCCUGAUGCACAUGGGAAAGGCUUCAAACUAAAAAUGCCAGAUUUUCAUAUCUCUGGACCCAAAAUGCAUGCACCCGAUGUCAGCCUUGACUUCAAAGCUCCCCACUUCAAAACUAAAGGAGGAAUUUCAACACCCAAACUAGAAGGUGACUUUCAAGGUCCGGACCUUGAUUUGGAUGUUUCUUUGCCAAAAGGAGACAUUGGAAUACCCACUUCUGAAUUUAAUGCCAAGGUUAAGGUUCCAGAAGUAGAUUUGAAUCUGACAGGGCCUGAUGUAGAUCUGGAAGGGCCUGAUAUCAAAGGCAAAAAGUUCAAAUUCGGAAUGCCAGAUGUGCACUUCUCAGGACCCAAGAUACACAAACCAGACAUUAACUUUGACAUAAAAGCUCCAAAACUGAAAGGAAAAGGUGACUCCCUACCUAAACUUGAAGGUGAAUUUAAAGGGCCAGAUGUGGAUGUAAGUGUUGAAGGUCCAGAUGUGGAAGGCCCUGAUGGAAAGUUGAAAAUGCCCAAAUUCAAAAUGCCCAAGUUUGGAAUCUCCGGCCCAAAACUAACUGGUUCCGACAUAGACUUGAAUGCCACUGUGCCGAAGGCAGAUAUUGAUGUUUCUCUACCUGAUGCCCAGUUAGAUGUCAGUGCUCCUGAAGUGAAGGUCGAUCUUGAUGCACCCGAUCUUAAUGUUUCUGGUCCUGAUGCACAUGGGAAAGGCUUCAAACUAAAAUGCCAGAUUUUCAUAUCUCUGGACCCAAAAUGCAUGCACCCGAUGUCAGCCUUGACUUCAAAGCUCCCCACUUCAAAACGAAAGGGGGCAUUUCAACGCCCAAACUAGAAGGUGACAUUCAAGGUCCGGACCUUGAUUUGGAUGUUUCUUUGCCAAAAGGAGACAUUGGAGUACCCACUUCUGAAUUUGAUGCCAAGGUUAAGGUUCCAGAAGUAGAUUUGAAUCUGACAGGGCCCGAUGUAGAUCUGGAAGGGCCUGAUAU